GGUUUGGUUGUGCUGUGUUGUGUUGACGGAGAUCAAAUCUUACCAACAACCUCAAAAACUCCCCCCUUCUUAGAUCUCUGUCUUAAGAACUCUCUUUGUUGUAGAUCUUUCACUGUAGAGAUUCCUCUUAUUACUUUGUAAUCAUCUUCUCAAAUAUUGUGUCUGUGGAUUUCAUGAGAUUUAGAUUUCUGUAAUGAUGAAUGUUUGAUUGUGCAUGCAGUCACCACCAAAUUUAGAAAAAAAAAUCUAACUUUUUUCUAAACAUUAUUGUCGAGAUCUGAUUCUCAUCAAUGUUCAUCAUUUCACCUCCAUUGUUGUUUAUCUUUUGCACCAUCAUUUCUCUGUAAUUAUUUUUAUCUGCUCUCAUUUUUUUAACUCAGAUCCAUGGCUAUAAUUUAGGGUUUCUUUUUCUGUCUUGUAAAUUUAACUAAUCAAUCUCCAUGCUUUCUUCAAAUUAAUCCUUUGUUGUUGUUUUGUUGAUACUGAAGUUGGUGGGUAUUAUAUAAUAUAUUUAUUUAUUGUAUUUUCACAAUGCUGAAGCAAUUUUUCAGUAAACUUCCGAGAAAAUCAUUGAAACCGGACUCGCCUGAGUUGAAUCGUACUAACUCGGGCCGCUUUUCUACCAACAACAGUAACACAACAACGGCAACGAGCGCUGGUUCUGGGACUCAUAAAUCUAACGGUGGAGAUAAAUCUUCGUCCGGGCGAUCGAAUGGGGCAAAGCGCACAUCCUCUGCAGUGUUUCCCGCCAGCGUGGUAGCUGGGAUUGAGCCGUUGAUUCCAUUCAAAGAUGUGCCCAAUGCAGAGAAAAUGAAUUUGUUUGUGAGUAAAGUGAGCCUUUGUUGUGUCACGUUUGAUUUCACUGACCCAACUAAGAAUUGUGUUGAGAAAGAUGUUAAAAAGCAUACUUUGAUUGAGCUUUUAGACUUUGUAGCAUCUGGGUCUAUGAGAUUUAGCGAGCCUGCAAUCUUGGCUAUGUGUAGAAUGUGUGCUGUUAAUUUGUUUAGAGUUUUCCCACCUAAUUAUAGGUCAAGUUCUCAUCAAGGUGGUGGUGAAAUUGAUGAUGAUGAACCCAUGUUUGAUCCUGCGUGGCCACAUUUGCAAAUUGUGUAUGAUUUGUUGCUUAAGUUCAUUACAUCUUCGUGCCUCGAUACUAAAAUCGCAAAAAGAUACGUAGACCAUUCCUUCAUUUUGAGAUUGCUUGACUUAUUUGAUUCAGAUGAUCCGAGAGAAAGGGAGUGCUUAAAGACGAUUAUGCAUAGGGUUUAUGGGAAGUUUAUGGUUCACAGGCCGUUUAUCCGAAAGUGUGUGAGUAAUAUCUUUUAUCGGUUUGUUUUUGAGACUGAGAAGCAUAAUGGGGUUGCGGAGUUGCUGGAAAUUUUUGGAAGUGUUAUUACUGGGUUUGCGUUGCCUUUGAAAGAGGAGCAUAAGAUAUUCUUAAGGAGGGUUUUGAUUCCUCUGCAUAAGCCGAAGUCUCUGGGUUCUUACUUCCAGCAGCUGUCUUACUGUAUUAUGCAGUUCAUAGAGAAGGAGCCAAAGUUGGCAAGCGUUGUGAUAAAUGGGUUACUGAAAUACUGGCCGAUAACUAACAGCCAGAAGGAGGUAAUGUUCCUCGGUGAGAUAGAAGAGAUCUUGGAAUCAAUUAACAUGGUGGAAUUUCAAAAGGUCAUGGUUCCAUUGUUCUGGCGGAUUGGGUGCUGUAUUAACAGUAUGCACUUCCAGGUGGCUGAAAGGGCCCUUUUCUUGUGGAACAACGAUCAAAUUGUCAACUUGAUAGCACAUAACCGGCUGGUGAUUCUGCCCAUCAUAUUUCCGGUUUUAGAGAAAAACGCGCAAAGCCAUUGGAACCCAGCAGUGCUGAACCUCACUCUGAAUGUAAGAAAGAUGUUCUCGGAGAUGGAUGAUGUACUGUUCAUAUCUUGCCACUCACAAUUUAGAGAAGAAGACGCAAGGCUAAGCUUGGCAGCCGAGAAGCGGAAAAAAGCAUGGGAACGACUAGAAAAUGCAGCCAGUCACCAGCCUAUAGCCGGAAAUACAGCUGUUUUGGUUACUCCUUUAACAACUUCAAUUGCCUGUUAACCACUGUUACAGACCUUGAAUUCUCUUGCCAUGGCGAUAUAGUGAUGGGUUUAGAAACCAAGCGGAAAAGAAAUGUACGGAUAUGGCUGUUGUUUGGGUUGUUACGAUUCUUGUUUUUUGGUUGAUCCUUUGACAGCCAGUUGUAACUUGUUUAUUAAUCCUGUAUUUGCCUUUUGAUGCUGCUGUGUGGGAUGUUUAUUGUCUUCCUCGGAAAUUCUAUAGGAAGGGCCAUGCAGUGGAUUAUACAAUUUUAAUGCUAAAGUUGCAAUAGCAACUAGUGCAGGACAUAAACUCAAAUCAUUCAUCUUUCUCUGUCUCUGCAUAAGACAGUUAUUAAGGAUUUGAGCUUAUUUCUCGCUGCACUAGAUGACCCUAUUUUGGUGAAAA